AAAAGGGAAAAAAUUAGAGAGAGAAAAAGAGAGGAGCGAGAGAAGGAGAGGGAGGGGGGGGAUUGAAUGGCACUUUACCACUUUUAUAUGUUGCACGCAUCCAUAGCAGGAAACAGAAGGAAAACACAGUACUAAAAACUUCAGAAGAAGAGAAGAAAACCUACCAAAGUUAAACCACAGAAUCCAGAUAAGAUAAAAGAUGGUUCCAAAAUGAGUUCUUCCUUCCAUGCAGUACAAAAAUUAGAGAGAGCAAGAUCGCCAAAGAAAGAAGCAGCUAAGGUGUGUCCCAAAAUGGUUUUUCCCUGACUUCUGCAUGCAUUUAAACAACUUUCUCAUCCAAAUAAUCUAAUUUUGUUUUCCCAUUUAAAGUGUCCAAAUUUAGCCUCUUUUUUUUUUUUAUAUUUAAACUAAUAUUUUUGCUUCUGUAAGUAAAACUUUUGGGGUGGUGGGUGGUUCUUGAUUUUGGAAACUGGAGAGUUUUGGGUUCUUGGGUUUGUGGGUCUUUCCGUUCUCUUUGUUGAUUUUCUUGGAUGAAGGCCAUGCCCCUGCCCUUUGAGGAUUUUCAAGGGAAGGGGGUGUUAGGUUUCUCUUCUUGUUCUUCUUCUUCUUCUUCUUCCUCUUCUUCCUCUUACCCAGAUUCUUUCUCUCAUCUACCACCACAAAAUCAGCUUCAACAGCCACAAAAGUGGCAAAACAGCAACACCCAAGAAAAUUGCUGCUAUGUGGGCAGUGAGCCCACAUCUGUGCUUGACGCUAGAAGAAGCCCGAGCCCACCAACAUCUUCUUCAACACUGUCUUCUUCACAAGGGGGCAGUAACGGCGGUGGUGGAGGUGCCUCCACCGAAACCACCACCGGCGUGGCAGCGGCAGUUUCCGGGUAUCCCUCUGUAGAUGUAAGUACUGAAAAAUGUGGGCAGCUUGGAAUGGAGGACUGGGAGGGCGUGUUGCCUGGGUCUCCUAGUCAUGAACAGUCAAUUUUGAGGCUAAUUAUGGGUGAUGUUGAGGAUCCAUCUUUGGGAUUGAACAGGCUCUUGCAAGGUGGAAGUGGGUCACAAGAUAUGGAGUUCAAUGCGGGUUUUGGGGUUGUAGAUCAGGGUUUCUUCUUUGAGCCUAUUCACAGUACCACCUUGGUGAACAGCAUUCAACCUUCUGUUCAUGGAACUUCUUCCGAGUUUCCUCUUCUUAGCCAAAAUGCCAGGAUUGGUUCCGUAUUGAGCCAAAACCCGAACCCGGUAAUUUCUACUUCAGCUGGCAACAUAUUACCGGGUAUGUUUCAACAUCAACCACCACCACCAAUUGAAGCUGCAGAGGAGAAGCCACAGAUUUUCAAUCCACAGGUGAUAACUCACCAACAUCAAGCACAGUUCGGCCAGAAUCCUGCUAUGUUCAUGCCGUUGUCAUAUGCCCAAUUGCAAGAGCAUCAUCUCUUAUCCCCACCGCCAACUAAGCGCCUUAAUUCAGGGCCCAUUGGAGCCAACUGUCAGUUGCCAAAGGUUCCGUUUCCCGAUUCAAGGCCGGAGUUAUUUCUCCAACGACAGCAACAUCAUCUUCAAAUUCUUCAACAGCAGAGACCAGCAAUGAUGAAGCAAAAAAUUGUGACGGAUGAAUUGGCGGCCCAGCAGCUUCAGCAGGCAAUAUUAAACCCAAUAUGCCAGGCAGCAGAGCUGAUCGAAACUGGCAAUCCGGUACUCGCGCAAGGGAUAUUGGCGCGGCUCAAUCACCAGCUCUCUCUUUCGAUCGGCAAGCCUCAUAUUAGGGCUGCUUUUUACUUCAAGGAAGCCUUGCAGUUGCUUCUUCACAUGAACAACAGUACCAACCCAUCUACUAUGUCCGCUUGUAGUCUUAUUUCCAAGAUUGGUGCUUACAAAUCUUUCUCUGAAAUCUCUCCGAUCCUUCAGUUUGCUAAUUUUACUUGUAAUCAAGCCCUCCUCGAGGCGUGUGAAGGUUUUGAUAGAAUUCAUAUUAUCGAUUUUGAUAUUGGUUUUGGUGGGCAAUGGGCUUCUCUGAUGCAAGAGCUGGCUAUGAGGAAUGGGGGUGUCCCUUCUCUUAAAAUCACUGCCUUUGCUUCUCCUUCCUCACAUGAUGAGGUCGAGCUCGGUUUUACUCGAGAAAAUUUAAGAAUCUUCGCUAGUGAAAUCAACAUGCCAUUCGAGCUCGAAAUUUUAGGCCACGAAUCUUUAAAUUCUGGUUCUUGGUCAUUGCCUCUUUGUGUAUCAGAGAAAGAAGUAAUUGCUGUGAAUCUUCCAAUUGGGCCCUUCUCUAAUUAUCCAUUAUCCCUUCCUGUGGCACUUCGAUUGGUGAAGCAGCUUUCACCUAAAGUCGUGGUCUCAUUGGACAGGGGCUGCGAUCGAACUGACCUGCCAUUCGCCCACCAUGUAAAUCAUUCUAUUCAAUCUUAUUCAAGCCUGCUUGAAUCUUUGGAAGCUGUGAAUAUGAACCUAGAUGCGCUGCAAAAGAUUGAGAGAUUCUUGGUCCAACCAGGUAUUGAAAAAACUGUAUUGGGUCGUCAUCGCCACCCUGAUAGGACUCCUUCUUGGAGGAGUCUGUUUCUGCAGUCUGGGUUCACUCCAUUCCAAUUCAGUAACUUCGCCGAGUCACAAGCUGAGUGUUUGGUGCAGCGAACUCCAGUUAGGGGAUUUCAUGUUGAAAAGAGGCAGUCUUCACUGGUUCUUUGCUGGCAGCGAAAGGAGCUCAUCUCAGCUUCAGCUUGGAGGUGUUGAGGAAUUAGAAAUAGCAUUUCAGAUAUUGGUUCCACCAAUUAGUCAUUGUUUCUGAGGUUCCUCAAUAACUUGCUAGUUUAAUUUCUGAUCUUUCUGAAUUUUUGAAUUCUGCGGUUCUCCUAUGCUAAUUUUCUCCGUGUCCUAGGGUUAUUGUUUCUGAUCGAGAAACCAAACAUUUUAGUAACUGGAUUGCUGUGUACAGCUCUUGUUUCCUGUCACUUUAGAUAUUGCUUGUAACUGUUAUGGUGCAAUGCCUGUUUGAGGUGGUGAUGGUGUUCUCUUGUACACUUGAAAACAAGAUGUGGAAACCAGAAUUAACAUUUUCAAAA